GGUUAAGCGUCUCUAAAUAAGAGCAAGUAGUUUUGUUUGUGGUUUUUUAUUUAUUUCUUUUUAUAUUAUGUAGUUUGCAUUAUUAAUCGCAAUGUAUUCUACGAGCUGUGAAAAUGAUAAGGAAGAACCAUCAUCAAGCUCUGAAGCGCAGUGUUCUAAUAGCGCUUGUACUGAAGCCGGGCCGUCUGGUAAACCGCCAGCUAAACGGCGACUUUCAAACACUGUUAUAGAAAUAUCGGAUACGGAUAGUGAUGAUUCUGAUGUGUGUGCCGUGAAAUCCUACCAAGCUUCUGCAGAUGAAGUUAAGAGAAUCCGUAAAGCUGAUUAUUCAUCAUCAUCAUCAACAUCAGAUUACACCUCUGAUUCUAAUGAUCCAUGGGAAGAUGAUGCUAUUGUUAUUUAUGAAAAAAAGGAAACUAUAGUGAGCAAAGCACACCUAAACCCUAGAGCAGAGAGACAUGCAAGACCCAGAAUUAACCAAUCCAUUUUGGCUCAAGAACUAAUAGGUAGAAUAUCAACUAGCUGGUCUGAAAAAAGCGAUCACAAAUGUGAUAAGGUAACACUUACAUGCAAACCAUUCCGUGUCUGUUUGAUGCACAACUUGCUGUCAAAUCCGGAGAUUAUAAACAACAUUGUAGAUGACAUGAACACAUUAGACUGGACGAGAAAGAAAAUGGAUCUUUAUGAGUUUCAUCAGACAACAGAUUUAGCGAAUUUAACAUGGCAGAGAUCAAUAGGGGGCAUUUAUGAACUGUUGAAGACCGACAUAAAAAGUUGGGUUUCUCAAGUGACAGGCUUAGAUCUUAAAAGCGUCUCCGCGUCAUGCUCGUUGUAUGGUCCAGGAGAUCACCUGCUGGUCCAUGAUGACAGACUUUCAGACAGACGAGUGGCUUUCAUACUGUAUCUAGCGCCGUGGCAGCAACCAAUCAAACAUGCAUUACUCCAAAACGGUGGGGGUGAUACACAAAAAAAUGAAAAGGAGAGCACCUGGUGCGGCUGGUCUCCGGAGAUGGGCGGCGGCCUGGAGCUGUUCUCGAUGGACCAGGACGGAGAGCCCGCCACCGUCGAGCACACCGUAUACCCCGCUAACAACAUGCUGGCCUUCUUCCAAGUGGGCCCGGAGACCUAUCAUCAGGUGAGUGAGGUGUUGUCGAUGGAGCUACCCCGUCUGUCUAUCAACGGCUGGUUCCACGGCCCCGGCGUAAAGUCCGAGCCGCCGAUGUCCACGCCGCCCGUCAAACAUCGCGCGCACUCUCAAGUCGUGGUGCUGCAGCAGUGGGUGUCCAAUGCCUACAUGUCGGCCAGGUCUCGGUCCCAGGUGCAGGCCCACAUCGAGCGAGCCAGCGAGGCCUCGCUCACCGACCUGCUCACCGCGCCGCGUCAGGCCGCGCUCACGGAGGCUCUGAGCAACGGCCAAGACAUCGAAUGGGAGUUGUGUGGGAACAGACACGAGCGGUAUUACAUGCGCAUCAGCGAGGCGUGGCUAGCAGUCAAAGAGGACGUACCUGCUGGCUCGGAGGGCCACGUGGUCAGAGAGCUGGUCAAGUUGUUGAGCAGCAACACCUUCAUCAGAAUGCUGGCGGAGUGCACUGACCUCCCGCUCACACAAUACUCUAACCUGGAGGUGCAGCGCUGGAAGCGGGGAAACUUUACGUUGCUGCCUCCACGAGAGCACUACGCCGAAAGCCGUUUGGAAGCAGUCCUUUAUCUCGGUGUGCCGAAGCACCCGAUCUGUGGCGGCCAGACGAUCUAUGUGGCUCCGGAGGACCCUGAAUGUGACGCAUUGGUCACUGUCCCACCAGUCCACAACACCUUGAGCCUCGUGUACUGCGAUGUGGGGGCUACAUCUUUCACCAAAUACCUCAGCAAGCUCACAAUGGACGAGAUGGAAUACUUCUUCAUUGUUACAUGUUCUUAUUGGGAGUGAAGUGGUGUGAAUUCUAAUGAAAUUAGAACUCAACGAUUUGUGUGGUGUGAAUUGGUUCUUAAAAAAUUAAUUUAAGUUUUACUUAACCAUUCAUCUGCUGUGAAUAAUGUCUCACAACACUGAUUUAAAAAAUUACUGAGGAAUAUUAUAAAAAAUGUAAGGCUACUACAAUUUGAAAAAGGGUAAAUCAAGAAUAGAUGACUACUUACAAUAUUUUUGACAUGAUAAUAUUUCAUUAAUAUUAAAAAGUUUUUAAAAUAAGCUAAGAUAUGUACUGUAGUGUUAUAAAUUAAUUGAUGUAUUUGAUAGUUUAUAGUGCUUACCACCAGUUUAAAAUCUGCUGACAAUGGCAGUCGUGACAGUUUCAGCAUCAAAAAUGUUUUCGCGCGUAAUUCAGAAUUAAUUCAUAGUAAAAACAAAGCAAAGUUUGUGUUUUUAUGAAACCACAAUGCAAGUUAAACAUUUUUUCACAAAAUAACAUAUUAAUAUCACCAUAUAAAAAAAAAUUCAUAAAUUAUGCUUUACAUGUUUAUAAAAUAAAAUUAUGAUGUAAUAAAAAAAAACUUUGUUUGGUCUGGGGUAUGAACUUACUCCCCUCUCGGUACAUUAGCUUAAAUCUGGCGCCUUAGACCGCGCGACCAAACUGACUUGAAAGCAGUAGUUGAAAUUAAUGAUACAACUUCACCCCUACUGGGCGAUAAAAUGUAACUAAAGUUUCACUUUAUAAAUACUUUUUUGACGUUAUAUAUUAUUUUAUUGCUGAAAUAAAGUAAUUUUCUAGAUAAGUGGAUGUCUAGCGACAUAAUAUGUAGAUCAGGAAUGCAAAAUCUGUCACCACGCCUAUUGUUUUGGUGAAUCUUUUAAUUAAUCGAUUUAGUAAUAUCCUAGCUUUUACAGUAUAAUUAUUUUUUGCUUUGUUAAAAUACCUAGUUGUAUUUUUUUGCAUUUAAUAAGUUAAAUUCUUGUUAGAAGUACCUACUGUGUGGAAAUUUAAAAUUCUUGAAUACAUGAUUGUAUAAGUUCCCACAGUUGUUAAAAAAUGUAUCGUACAAAUUCAUUUGUAACAAUAAAAUAUUGAGUGUAAAUACAACACUAAAGUAAGUUAAUAUGUAUAAGUAGGACAUCUUCGCGAUUAACUGGCGUCAAAAGUGGCAAGGGGCAGAGAACACUUCGAUUGUUCACACUUCCCGAGAGUUGUAUCAUAAUAAUUAAAUAAAAAAAUAUUUUUAUUUCAA